AUGUUGUCUGCUACUAAAAGAUCCAUUAGAUUAAAUGGAGCCCGUAACUUGGCAACUGCAUCCCUUACCAGGGAUUCCCAAGUUAACCAAAACUUGUUGGAAGAUUUUUCAUUUAUCCAAUACAAAAAACACCUUGAAAACGUCAACAUCGUCAAGUCUAGAUUGAACAGACCUUUGACUUAUGCUGAAAAGUUGUUAUAUGGUCAUUUAGAUGACCCUCACGGACAAGAUAUUGAAAGAGGGGUUUCUUACUUGAAAUUGAGACCUGACAGAGUUGCUUGUCAAGAUGCCACCGCCCAGAUGGCCAUCUUACAAUUCAUGUCCGCUGGAAUGCCCCAAGUGGCCACUCCAUCGACCGUUCACUGUGACCAUUUAAUUCAAGCUCAAGUUGGUUCUGUUAAGGAUUUGGCAAGAGCCAUCGACUUGAACAAGGAAGUGUUUGACUUUUUGGCUUCGGCUUGUGCCAAAUACAACUUGGGUUUCUGGAAACCAGGUUCUGGUAUUAUCCAUCAAAUUGUCUUGGAAAACUAUGCUUUCCCAGGUGCUUUGUUGAUUGGUACCGAUUCUCACACCCCAAAUGCUGGUGGUUUGGGUCAAUUGGCCAUUGGUGUUGGUGGUGCUGAUGCCGUCGAUGUCAUGGCUAGUUUGGCUUGGGAAUUGAAGGCUCCAAAGAUUAUUGGUGUUAAGUUGACCGGUAGAAUGUCUGGUUGGACUUCUCCAAAGGAUAUUAUCCUUAAAUUGGCUGGUAUCACUACCGUUAAGGGUGGUACUGGUGCUAUUGUUGAAUACUUUGGUUCCGGUGUGGAAACCUUUUCUUGUACUGGUAUGGGUACUAUCUGUAAUAUGGGUGCUGAAAUUGGUGCCACUACUUCUGUUUUCCCAUACAACAGCUCUAUGGCUGAUUACUUGAAUGCCACCGGUAGAUCAAGCAUUGCUAGUUUUGCUGACUUGUACAAAAAGGAUUUCUUACUGGCUGACGAAGGUUGUGAAUACGAUCAAGUGAUUGAAAUCGACUUGAACACUUUAGAACCUCACGUGAACGGUCCUUUCACCCCAGAUUUGGCUACUCCAAUUUCUAAGAUGAAGGAAACUGCUAUUGCCAACGGAUGGCCUUUGGAAGUUAAAGUUGGUUUGAUUGGUUCUUGUACCAACUCUUCUUACGAAGAUAUGACCAGAGCUGCUUCUAUCAUUAAGGAUGCUGCUACUCACGGUUUGAAGGCUAAGUCUAUUUACACUGUUUCUCCAGGUUCUGAACAAGUCAGAGCUACUAUUGAAAGAGACGGUCAAUUGAAGACCUUUGAAGAUUUUGGUGGUGUGGUUAUGGCUAACGCUUGUGGUCCAUGUAUUGGUCAAUGGGAUAGAAGAGACAUCAAGAAGGGUGACAAGAACACCAUUGUUUCUUCUUUCAACAGAAACUUUACUUCCAGAAACGAUGGUAACCCAGCUACUCACGCAUUCGUUGCUUCUCCAGAAAUGGUUACUGCUUACGCCAUUGCUGGUGAUUUAGGUUUCAACCCAAUUCAAGACACCUUGAAGGAUGCUAACGGAAAUGAAUUCAAGUUGAAGGAACCAGUUGGUGUUGGUUUACCCCCAAGAGGUUACGACAAGGGUGUUAAUACUUACCAGGCUCCUCCAUCUGACAGAUCUACUGUUCAAGUUGUCAUUGAUCCAAAGUCCGAUAGAUUGCAAAAAUUGACUCCUUUCAAGGCAUGGGAUGGAAAGGAUGCUGAAAGAUUACCAAUUUUGGUUAAAGCCGUUGGUAAGACCACCACUGAUCAUAUUUCUAUGGCUGGUCCUUGGUUGAAGUACAGAGGUCACUUGGAAAACAUUUCUAACAACUACAUGAUUGGUGCUACUAAUGCUGAAAAUGGUGAAAUUAACAACGUUAAGAACCAUUUCACUGGUGUUUACAAGGGUAUUCCAGAGACUGCUGCUGAUUACAGAGAUGCUGGUAAGAAAUGGGUUGUUAUUGGUGACGAAAACUUUGGUGAAGGUUCUUCCAGAGAACACGCUGCUUUGGAACCAAGAUUCUUGGGUGCUUUCGCCAUUAUUACUAAGUCUUUUGCCAGAAUUCACGAAACUAACUUGAAGAAGCAAGGUUUAUUGCCAUUGAACUUUAUUGACACUGCUGACUAUGACAAGAUUCAACCAGAAGAUGAAAUCUCCUUGUUGGAAUUGAACGAAUUGGCCCCAGGUAAGAACGUCCACCUUAGAGUUUAUCCAAAGGAUGGUAGUGAACCAUGGGACUCUGAAUUAUCUCACACCUUCAACGCUGAACAAAUUGAAUGGUUCAAGUAUGGUUCUGCAUUAAACAAGAUGGCCAGUAAUAAGGCUUAA